UGACACUUCCCACUUCCGACAAGAUGGCCGUAAUCGAAGGUCCACUUAGCAAGUGGACAAAUGUCAUGAAAGGAUGGCAAUACCGGUGGUUCGUUCUAGACGAGAGCUCUGGCAUAUUAUCAUAUUUCACUUCAAAAGAGAAGAUGAUGCGUGGAGCCAGACGAGGCUGUGUGAGACUCAAGGGAGCAGUAAUCGGAAUUGAUGAUGAAGAUGACAGUACAUUUACCAUAACAGUGGACCAGAAAACAUUCCAUUUUCAAGCUCGAGAUGCUGAUGAACGUGAAAAGUGGAUACAGGGCCUAGAGAAUGCAAUACUUCGACAUUCUCAUACCCACAAGAAACAUGAGCCAAAAACUGUCCCUACAGCUGCCGAUUUUGACAGAAAACUCGCCGAAACUGAUGCUUAUUUACAACUUUUAAUUGGCCAAGUACAGACGUUACAGACGAGGAUUGAUGCUUGUGAAGAUGUGGCUGCCAAAGAAAAGUAUAACGUGCUUAAAGUGACUGCUGAGGCAAUGAUAGAAGCUAUAAAGCAUGCCAUCAUGAUGCUGCAGAUAGCGAAGGAAAGUUUGAAGGGUCCAGUGAUGAAUGGGACAAUGCAUGAGCCAGUUCUCACCACAGGUGCUGAUUUUGACCAUUUCGGUCGGAGAGCAGGCCAGAGGGCUAAUUCACUUUAUAGUGGGAUUCCUGCCUCCCUGUCCGCAGAGAGCCUAGACCUCAACUCCUCUCUACCUCCGCCUGGCUCCUCUACCAGCACUCCUCUCACAGGGGGAGAUGAGGACCGUAGCAGUACAACUGUCCCUGAGACAUCCUACUCCAGCAGUGAGGACGAAGACUUCUUUGAUGCUGAGGACUUCAAGUCUACUCCAAAAACAAGCCCAGAUAAAUCAACAUCAUCGUCUUUGAUGACAACACCGAGCCCAGAAGGUGAGGAGGAAGAGAAGAGAGCCCCCCCACAGAUCAUCGCGUCUGAAGACGACUAUUUUGAUGAACUGUAUGAUGAACGAGAUACUGAGGAAUUGGGCUCCCUGGAGAGUCAUGGCAGUAUUAUAGCACACCUGUUAUCACAAGUGAGAAUUGGGAUGGAUCUUACCAAGGUUGUGUUGCCGACAUUCAUUCUGGAGAGGCGGUCACUACUCGAGAUGUACGCGGACUUCUUCGCUCACCCAGAUCUGUUUAUCAAAAUUCCUGACAUGGACACGCCUGGGGAGAGAAUGAUACAGUUGGUCCGCUGGUAUCUGUCAGCCUUCCACGCUGGCCGUAACAGCGACGUAGCAAAGAAACCUUACAACCCUAUUCUGGGAGAGACAUUCCUGUGUCACUGGAACAUGCCAGACUGGCCAAAAACUACGGACCUAGCAGACGAUGGUCCAGUUCCUUGGUCAUCUAAAGAAAACUUAGCAUUCAUAUCAGAACAGGUGUCCCAUCACCCGCCUAUUUCAGCAUUCUAUGCGGAACACUACAAUAAACGGAUUUCAUUGGAUGGAUACAUUUGGACAAAGUCCAAGUUUCUCGGGCUGUCNAUUGGUGUUCACAUGAUUGGACAAGCGGUCGUGUCCCUUAUCGACCAUGACGAGGAGUAUGUUAUCACCUUCCCCAACGGAUAUGGCAGGUCCAUCCUCACAGUGCCCUGGGUGGAGUUAGGAGGCAAAGUGACAAUUUCCUGUGCCAAAACAGGAUACUCGGCCAACGUAGAUUUCCAUACAAAGCCAUUCUAUGGAGGCAAGAAACACCAGAUCUCCGGGCACAUUUACUCACCGACGGACAAGAAGAAUGCAAUCGUGUCGAUUGAUGGUGAAUGGAAUGGAGUGAUGUAUGCCAAAUAUAGCUCUGGGAAAAACGAGGCAUUUGUGGACACAAAGAGGAUGGCCAUUGUGAAGAAACGGGUGAAACCAUUAGAUACUCAAUCAGAGUUUGAAUCUAGAAAGUUAUGGGAACAAGUUACCAGGUUUCUAAAGCAGAAAAAUGUAGAAGUUGCAACAGAAUUUAAACAUAAAUUGGAACAUCGCCAAAGAACAGAGGCCAAAGAAAGAAAGGAACAAGGACUGAAAGUGGAAACCAAGCAAUUCCAUGAAGUAGGCGAACAUUGGGUGUAUGACCGGCCGUUAUUGAAGCGACUUGGCAAGGGCACUCCUACUCGUACACCGACAGACACAUUGUAACCCUGGCAACCGUAACCUGGAAACCAACACCAACACUUCACUUCAAAACUGACUAGCUCACAGGACAAUCAAAACAAUCGUGCAACACUUACAAUUAGUUUUACGUUACGGUACUUUCAGAUUUUCUUAUCGCUAUGGACACAGUAGUGUUUCAAGACAUUUCACCUGUGUUAUGCCAGUAUGUGCUUCACCAUGUGCAACAACCAAACAACGUGCUAAAAUCAUGGCAAUGUGGAAAACUUGUGUAUUCAUGUAUUUAUUACUUUCUCAAAUAUAUUGUGUAAUGUUCGUAACCGAAGAAACACCUACAAUACUUGACUUCCAUUAGGAGUGCUACUAUGUACCUAGUCUAUAGUGUAAUGGCUCGUUGGGUGAGAUGUUAUGGCUUCCAUAGAAUUGGUGCAAUAGACAGAGGGCUGUUGAGAGGUGAUACAGAAUAUCGUAUGACAGCGGUACGUAGAUAAAGACAAUCUAAAAGUCUAUACAUUGUCAUAGAAAACAUAAAAGUAAAUUGUUGGUUAGUGUUUGUUGAUCCAUCGACACAAUACAAGGGUAAUUCAUACGGAUAUGAAAGCAGUGUUUGUGUUGUUCAUGAGGAGAUGAACAUUAUGUUAUCUAGGGUGAUUCAUAAGGAGAUGAACAUAGCGUUACCCAGCGUGAAUCGUACAGAAAUGAGUGUGAUACUACUACUGAGUUUGAUACAGGAACAGAUAAAGAUACUGUUACUUUGUGCAAUUCAUAAGAUGAAAGUAACGCUACCUUGCUUGAUUUAUCAGGUGAUGAAUGUAAUAUUACAUAGUAUGAUUAAUGAGAUUGUGAACGUAAUGUUAGCUGGUGUAAUUAUAAGGAAAUGAAUGUAAAUGGGAGGUUCAUGUUUGUUGAACUAUCUAACACAACACCACCACUGUUGUGUGCUGUGAAUAUGAAAACAAUGUUAGUGUGAUUCAUUGGGAGAUAAAUGUAAUGCUACCUACUAAGAUUCAUAAGGAGAUGAACGUUAUGUGAUAAAAGUAUUAUUGAUAAGGAGAUAAAAGUAAUGUUACCCAGUGUGAUUCAUAAGGAGAUGAACGAAAUUUUUCUUACUGUGAUUCAUAAGGAGAUGAAAGUAAUGUUUAUUAGAAUAAUAAAUGAUGUAACAGUGUAUAUCAUAAUGAAAGUAUUUGAUACUACACUAACAAAUAUGUAACUUUUUUUUUAUUAGAUCAUCUCUCAAAUUACAAAUUUUGGUAACUGAUGAUUCAAUUUAGAUUUUAGGUGUUUCAGUUGUUACCUACCAUAAACAAAUUCCUAAAGAAAUCAUGAAAUUUAAGAUGUUCUUUUCUUUAAUCUGUUUGGUGAUACAUAUUUUGAGUAACAAACUUCGGUUUUAUUAAUUAAUGAUAUGAUUAACAUUCUUUAUGUCAUGAAUUGCUUGUGAAUUCAAAUUGAAAGUUUCAUACAAAAUUGUCACAUGUUAAUGAAAGAUGUUGUGUUUAUUUGCAGAAAAUAUAUUGUGCAUGUACCUCAUGUACAUGUGUUGAUACCGGAAAAUGGGAACACGUUUUUUACAUUAAUUAUGGUUUUAUCUAUUUAUAGAUAUCGGUAAUUGUGAAGAUUAAUAGAUAUCAGAUAACUGUUAAGUAUUAGUGGUGGAUAAGGAAAAUGUUAUGGAGCCUUUGUUGUCACUGUUUCCAGAUCGCAAAAUGUGCAGAAACAUAGGUUUUAACCCUUUCACCCCUACUAGGUAACUUUAGUAGAAUCUACCAUACAUUUAUCUUCUUUAUCUUCUCGCCAUAAACUUAGUAAUUGAUUACUGAAUGACCGCCCACAGGCACUUGCAUUUUCUAAGGCUUCGUUCUAAGAGUCAGCAUCCAUUCAGCUGUUGUAUCUAGAAGGGGUUGAGAAUUGAAGGUUUAAUUAUUUAGCAAUGCCUUCGGACAAGAUAGACUAGUGUGCUGAUGAGAUCAAGAAAGAGAGCUCGGAGACAUUAAAUUCUCAGUUUGCUUCGUAAGUCAGUUAAGGUGAGUAUGUGUUGUAAGUAUCAAAUAGCUUAAAAUAUGCCCUGAAAUAUACUUUCUGUCUUAGAAGCUUAGAUUUUUAAACAUGAUAUGGCCUCGGAAAUGGGUCUUGGAAUAAACUACUGAUGGCCAGGCUGAAUAGAGUUCUUCGACAGUAUUACAGUUGUUCGCUGGCAACACACUUUCUGUAUGGACACUUGCAAUUUUAAAUUUGGUGUUUUAGAAUUCCAAUGUCAACAAAUAAUUUUCCCUGAUGGCGUUUUGACAAAGCUAUAUAAUAUAUACAAUGAUAUACAUAAAUAUUUCAUAAAGCGUCAUGUUUGCUUCCCCCUCCCGAAAUAGAAUGUAUAAAAGGUCAUCCUUCAAGGACUCUCUUGUCAUUUACAUGCAUUGUUGUGUAAGGCCACUGUCUAUCUGCUUUCCAAUUGAUUCUGUACCACAGUAUGUAGGUAUCAUCUAUCAACUGAAAUGUGAAUUAUUGACAUCAUCUGAGAAGUUUGUCAGAUGUCUGUAACGGCAAUUUGUAACUGUUUCAUUUUAAGAUUUGAAAGAAUUAUGCUUAGCCUGAAUGGUCUGUGUGAAAGGCAUUGCUUAAUUCUCUAUGGUGAGCAAUAGAUGGAGAUAAUAUAUAUAUAUAUGUAUUAUUUAGAAGAUUGUAAGGAUGACAUUUUCCCGUAUAAAUGUGCUGUGUUAAAAAGUGCUGGGAACGCUGUACUAUAUACUUGCAUAAACUCACUACAUGUAAAGAUCUGCACGUGUACCUUACGAUUCAAUACUAACUGUGAUUCACAAAUUAAAAGGAUUAUUUUUAAAUUU